AUGCACGUCUGGCUAUCGCCGGCUCGGGACUGGCGAGCAGUGGCCUGUCGCUGGGACUCGCAGCGUCUCCCGAGGACCAGUCAGAGCGAGGCGCACAUCCAAACGGCCUCGCGUUGCUGGUCUGCCCGCAGGUCGACGGGCUCCACUGCGGAGGGACGGAAUGUCAGUCCCGCCCCGUCCAGCAAUGUGGCGAAGGCAGCAUCUCUCAACAUCUCUCGGCCCACGGCCCACGGCACCCGCAGGGGUCGUUUGCAACUGUCUGGCCAUCCUGAAUGCUGUCCAUGUAGGCCCACACCGGACGCCGUGGGAAAGAUGAAGAAGGACUCGGGCAGUGCGGAAGACUCGUUCCGCCAGAGACGUUCAACCUUCCAAACGCGGGGAAGCACCCCCGAACUUCCGAAUUGGGUGGGGCCGCGUCAAUUAAUGUUGUGA